AUGGGGUUACUUACUAUAAUCAAGAAGCAAAAACUUAAGGACAAUGAAGUGAGAGUGUUAACAUUAGGGUUGGAUAACUCGGGUAAAACAACGAUAAUCAAGAAAAUGUUGAAUGAAGAUACGACUUCUAUAUCGCCGACGAUGGGGUUUCAAAUCAAAACUUUACGCUACGAUGACUAUACAUUGAAUAUCUGGGAUAUCGGAGGACAAACAACACUAAGAGCAUUUUGGGGUAACUAUUUUGAAAAGACAGAUGUAGUUAUGUGGGUGAUUGAUGGGUUGAGUUUGGAACGAUUACAAGAAUCAUAUGACGAAUUACGAGAGAAAGUGAUAUUACAAGAUAGGUUAGUAGGUGUCUAUCUAAUGGUGGUGAUUAAUAAGAUUGACCUUAUACCACAGGAUGAGAGACUGGAGCUAAAGGAGAAAGUAAUUGAACUCCUUCAAUUGUCACAACAAAUUCCCCAAAGGGAUAAAUGGGAUGUGGAAUUGGUCAGCGGUAAAACAGGUGAAGGGGUAAAUCAUGUUUUAGAUUGGAUUAUAAGUAGAGAUUAUUAA